UACAAAUUAUCUUCCAGGCACUCCAGUCCCUGAUGAGUGGCCUGUUGAAAUCUAUUGUCCUAUCAUUAGGAGUUCGGUCAUUGAUAUGAGUGACUCCUCAACUCAUUCACAAGGGUCAACAAAUUACACAAGGCAAACCAUCUCUGCCAUAGUUGACAUUGUUAUGGAGGUCAUUCCAAGAGAAGAUAUGGAACACAUAGCCACUGCAGAUGAUGUCACUUCUUUUACAAGAAGACUUGCGAGACUCAGCCCCAGGGACGGUCUUCAGAACUUCUCACAUGAGCUCACUGACAAAGUUUAUGAGCUCAUAAAGAGUCACAACACCCCCCAGGCUCUUUUUGUGCCAGCUGGCAAGAGCGUGUCUGACUCUAUUCUUUUGAAGCUGAAGACAGGAUUGAAUGCUUCUGAAGAAUCCAGGGAGUUUCCAUCUGACCUUGUGUACUCCUUUGCUACGGAGUCAAUAAAACGUCUGCUACAGCAGAUUGUCUUCUGGCUUCCUCCACCAUCACAAGGAUCCGAUUUCUGCCAAACUAUCAUCUCUGAUGGUUCUCUGCAGGACACAAGUCGGCUUAUCCCGAGCUCUUCUGCCAUCUCCGUUAGUUCCUCACAGGUUUACUGUGACACAAAGAGCCUUUUCACCAAUAUAAUGGUCAAUCAGGUCAUGGAUACCUGUUCUGUGGCCUCCAAUUCAUCAGAAGAAUUAUCAGAGUUGAUGAACAUAAUCAAUGGGUUGUCCCCAACUGAUGCUGGAACACUUGACUCUGACAGACCGGCUCUCAAUACCACUAGCCGUCAGUCUAGUGCCAAAUCAUUGCCUAGACCCUCUCUGUCUGGCAGCAGCACACACAACGGUGGAACUGUGGAUAUUCAAAUUUUAGGAGAGGUGGAAUCCAAGAUGGACAACAAAGAUCUGGAGAUGUCUAGUGCCUCUGUGCAUCCAUCAACUCCAUCAGCCAUGGACUCUGAUGCACAUGCAUCAUUUGACUCCACUAGCAAUGACUACACCUCUUUGGUACUUUUACUGAUUGUUAGAUUGCUGUCAAUGAUCACCCCUUUCACAUUACUGGAAUCCUCUGACAUUGGUGAAACAUCAAGAGUUCUCACAAAGAGGAUUCUGUCUGAGGUCUGUGGCACCUCAGGCCUUGAACCAACUCAAGCCUAUCCCCAGAAUCUGAAAAUCCAAAAGAUUUUCAAGGCUGUCUACAAGGGGCUUCUUCAAGAAUUUGGGUCAGAGAAGAUGCUCCAGGUUGCAAUGAAGUCAACGGAUUAUGCAUUUGACGAUGCCCUGGUCAAAUCAUUAACUAGGGAACUACUAACGAAAUGCAAUGAGGCUAGCUCUUCACCUCCCUCCAUGACCCAGUUGUCAUCACGCAAUGCACUUGGCAGUGACGAGGUAGGUAAUUCUGGGCUUCCAACAACUGGUAGAAAGGAAAAGAAGAGAGGAAGAUUCAGCGCUCUCUGUGGACUCAACCAAAAGUGUACAAAGCAGGUCAACAAGAAGAACCACUGCACUCCAACACCUUCCCAGAACCAGACCCCUGCCGUCAGAGAAACAGGUAAGUCAAUACACUCAAAUGUGUACUGAACA